AAAGCUGAAAGAAUGGAAUUUGAUGAUGAUCUCUGAUCGGGUGUAUCUCACAUGCUCAACCUCAAAGGGAAAGCUCUUACGCCAUGCAGGAAUUUCCUCCGGUCUGAUGCAGAUGCAGUCAUUGAAGAAAACAGUUUUGUGCAAUCAUGUCUUGGUAAACUUCCCACACGCAUAUUAAUGAACCCAUACAAACAAUGUUUGAUGGAUCAUGAAGUUCAUUGAUAUCGUUAG